CUUCCGCCGUUGACCAGGAUGGGACCAGCGAGUCAAACGCCGUAUCCACAACAAACGUUGCAAGUACAGCCUACGACUUCCAGAGCCAAGAAAGCAGCAAAUUGGAACGUUCGCGCAACGCAUGAUAAACUAGCACAGUAUAAGCCAGAUGCAUCUGUAUUACUGAUGCCAGAGCGACAGACAUAUCCGCAGCGUAUCCGCCGCGAUAUCGACGCCAUCCGUCAAGACCUGGAUCAAUACAUUGAUCGUGUUGCGUCGGUAAUUGGCACCGUUAAUGCUGAUCAGAGAACCGAAAUUGGCAAAGCCAUUACUGAUACCUUGGACUUGUUACAUACCGUCGGGUAUGAUCUACGUAUUCGGAAUUCGAUCAAUAUGUAUAAGAUCGAUCUGUUUCGGCAAAUGGAAGUCCGGCGAUACGAGACGCCGCGUCGUAAUGGACUGCGUAGUGCGCUGGAUAUCUCCCAGCUUAAAGAGAAACUUAUUGAAAUCACCGUGGUGGACUGGGAAUUAAUUUCCCAGUUUAAAAUUCUAUUCACCGAAAAUCCGGAGGAAUUCCUCCUUCAGUUUAUACUACCGGACACGGAUCCAACAAAGUUCUGGUUUUUCUGCCGUGCCGCAUGUGCGCUUCAGCGUAAAAUCGCCCCCAUGAAAAUUACGUGGGAUGCGAUUAGUAUCGGAUGGGGAUUAAAGCAAUAUGUUUUGGUUAUCCUAUCCGCGUUGAUGGGUAAUUGCCAUGCCCAUCACUGGGCCCGGACUUAUAGGCAGGUUGAGCAAAAUCGCCGUCUGAAAAGUUAUGUUAAUCGCUUGGGUGAGCCACUUAAUGAGGAACAACAAGCAAAAGUGCUGAACGAUCUUUUGCAUGUGAUGCAAGUCGAUGGACUUCAAACCGAUUCCAUCUGUAAUGGACAUUAUGAUGGGAUCUACGAUCUCGUCAAACGAUUUGCGGAACGUCAGGGCCAGGGGAAGCGCAAGGUCGCUCCAAAUUCACCUGAUACUCCGACAACGAGCCAGACAGUACAGCCAGAACCGAAAAAAACGGUAGUGUCAAUGGACACUGAAGAAACUGAGGAAACGCCGGAGACAGCUAAUGCUGCACCAAUCGCAGUUAACACUGCAACCGCAGCGCCGGCUGCGAAUACCGAAUCUGCAGUGAUCACUGCGCCGCCUGGCGAAAUUCCGCGAACGGAUGUCGUGGCGUCGGUGGAAUCACUGACAAUUUCGGGGAGUGCGCAGAAACUCCUUGAAGAGGCAGUAAUGGAGACGGACGAGAAGCCGUCCAUAGAGAAUAAUUUCCUCUAUCCAUCUCGACAAGCCCUGCGGGAUAGACAGUACGAACUGGAAGCAAUGGGCCAGGACUCGACUUUUACCGAUGUGGACCAUCUGAUUUUUGCGGUGCACAUUCCGGAUAAUGAGACCGACCCGUUGUAUUAUCCGGGAGGAAACGGAGGAGUGGAUAUGUUGGACGAUAGUACCGAAGUUAAGACUACGUCUGCCGUAUUGAGCGACGCUGUUAAUGCAUUAAAUGAAGAACCGCAGAUAGAAUUGCCGUAAAAGCAUUAAAUGCUAAAAUUUAACCGCCGUAGUACACAACGUGUAUACCGAUAUUUAAUCGCCGUAAAAGCAUUACAUGCUAAAAUUUAAUCGCCGUAGUACACAACGUGUAUACCGAUAUUUAAUCGCCGCAAAAGCAUUACAUGCUGAAAUUUAAUCGCCGUAGUACACAACGAGUGCACUUAAUUAAUCGCCGUAAAAAGCCCAACGAGCGCAUCAGAUUGAAUUUAUUACAAUCAUUACAAAAAAUGAAUUGCCGUAGUGCAUUAAUUGCAUAAAGACAGAUGAGUAGAA